CGGAGUCAGGAAGCGUGUGUAGAGCGCCGUGACUGGCGUGUGUGAGAAGUGGAGGGAGUGGGACUGAACUUGGCUGUCAUGUCUAUGGCUGUAGUAGAUGUGUGCUCGCUUCUGCUGGUGGCACUACUGUGGGGAGUUACUAACCCAUUCCUGCGAAAGGGAGCAGAGGGGGUAGAGAGAGUGAGAGAAGACAGGACAGUGUGGAGGCUGCUGUGUGAGGCCAAGUUCCUUAUCUCCAAUUACAGGUAUAUCAUACCCUUUCUUCUUAACCAGAGUGGUUCAGUGUUUUUUUACCUUACAUUGGCAUCAACAGAACUGUCCUUGGCUGUCCCAGUAUGUAAUUCUCUUGCGUUGGUUUUCACAGUGGUGACUGGAUGGCUCUUGGGAGAGGACAUUGGUGGGAAAGGAGCCGUGCUUGGGUUGCUUAUCACGAUUUUUGGGAUUUCAAUCUGUGUGGCAAGUUCUGUGAACGACUGAGGACAAAAAAUAAUGCUUGAAACACAGAUAACUGUGAGGUAAAAAAAAAAUUUGAAGGAGGAAAAGACACAUUGAGCCUCAUGGACACAGGAUGUAAAAAACUGCACUUUUAUGUUUCAAUCAUUUUUUAUUAAAGUUUUGUAUAGAAAAUAUAACAAGAAAAUCUCAGCAUUGUACAAUAUAAAACAUGGUCAGGGAAUAGCAUGUUGAUUAGUCCGUGACACUGAAGAGUCUCAUUCGUAUUGCCGAAAUUGUCCAAAACGACCCACCCAAAUGGGCUAAGAUCCAGUAACAUUACAAUAAACCAUAUCUAGACCCACUG